UGAGUCUUCCCAGUCGGAGAACCGGCAGAAAAGAAAAUAGCCGAAGUCUGAUUAAUGGAGUGUGCUGCGAAGGGGAGGGGAACUCGGUGCUUAGGUCCCCCGAGAAAGCGGUGCGGCCGCUGUGGAGCAGUUUCUUAUUGCUCUGCUUCUCAUCAGAUUUCUCACUGGAAGGAACAUAGAGAAGAGUGUGAAAGGUUAGAGCAGCAAAUGAAGCGCUUAGAUUUGUUGAAUGAUUUUCCUUUCUCGUUUUCUGUAGAAUCUACGCUCCAGAUUAGUGAAAAGCAAGAGAGUAGGUGUUCAUUCUUGAGCAGGAGGGGCAUUCAUCUAGCGGGGAUGUGGGCUUGUGAAUGCUCUUGUGGUGCAUCGGUUACUUCCUUUGGUAAUUCCAGGUUUGAAAGUGAUACCUGGAAUCUCUCGAAUAUCUUGUGCCCAUGUCACGAGCCUUCGUCUCCAAUAGCAAAACAAUUGUGCAGCUGGAAGGAUUACUAUGAGUGGAGGUGCAUACCAUUACAAUCACCUGUUUCUUUGCUGCUUCACUGGCCACUUACAAUAUAUCAUGCAAUACAAAUUACUGGACUGGGAAGCUUGACCUCUGAAAUCAGAAAACUGCGCAUACACUAUCUUGGACCUGAGAAGGAGCUACUUCAACUUGCAGUCUUUGGAGAGUUACGUGCAAUGUUUUCUGGGGUUCUUCUUCAAAUUGAGCUUAUUGGACCUGCAGUUCCACAUCAUAGAGAUGGUGAAAAGAUUGAUCUACACAGCUAUGCCCGUUGCAUUGAGCAAGAUUGCAAUUGCAAAUGCAAAAAUGAGAACAUCAGCUGUGGCGUAGGUGCUCGUACAUCUUCUGUGGUGACACUGCAACUACAUAGAGGAUACUAUCAUGAGCGUUUCAUAGAUGUAUCUAAGGAUUCCCUCCCACACUUGGUUAUUGCUCCAAAUGCUGGCGUGGCAGCUUAUGCAAGUUGGUUACCCACUAUAGAGCUAAUAAAGAAGAUAAAUGUCCCUGCCGUAUUUUCCGACUAUUGUGAAGAAGCUUGUCAUCUUGCAACAUGCUGCAUAAACACCGUUACAAGCCAGCCCCCCAGGCUUCCUAUUCAGUUAAAUCCGUUCAGGCAGCCGAUGGUUGUGGAAGACAGUGCACUGCAUCUGCCUUGCUAUUCUAAUUGCUUCCUAUUCGCUAUGUGAAGUGAUUUGCACUGUCAAUCUUACAGUGGAUUCUGUAUGCAGGGUUUUCUAAUGGUAAUAGAAUUUGAUAACUGCUAUAAAUUGUUGUAUUAUUAAAUUCAUCCGUGCAUUGUGUUCACCGGUUAAAUUCGUGGAUUUUUCUUUAAUGGCAGGAAAUG